AUGAUCUCUCAGUGGGUCACCCGCGCCAAGCAAUUCUACUACGAGAUCGGAGACAAUGACACCCGCCCUCGCUUCAUCUCCAAUACCGACAGCCCGUAUAAUGAUAUCCUGCAUUGCGGCUCUUUAAACUCCAAAAGCUAUUGCUUCGAUAUACUCAGUGACAAUUGGGCUUCCCAGUACUAUAUUGUCCGGUUCAAGGGACCCGAAGGGGUCGCGAUAUCCCGCAGAGACUUUUGCAAGGCAUGGGCCCUUUCCCGUCGGACAGUCGCUUUUUUAGGCGGCCUUCAAUCAUCAAUACAAGACUGGGGUGUUGAACAGGAACAUGCAGAAGAUUUAGAGACCAUCUCUGAGCUGCUCCGUAAAUACGAAGCCUAUUGGGACGAACUCAGCUUUGUCAUGCAGCACAUCAGUUCCUGGGAACGGAUCGGUUAUCUGCCCUUUGUCCACGCCCCUCUCCCACCCGACUACAAAUCCCUCGUAAUCAACCCCGGCAAACCUCGCUCUCGUAGAUGGAUCCUCAAAGGCGUGGACGAUUACAAUUGGGUUCCGCUCGAGGCUUAUUUCAGAUGUGAAUCGCCUUUCAGUGCGCUAUACAUCUUUUACGUCAAGAAGAUACUGGAACUACACGAAGAAGGUUUUGAGGAUCGGUGGUUUGCUAUGUGGGAUAAGUGGGGGCCAGAUCCGGCUGAGUACGGGCUGUAUCGGUUUCCGGGGGAUGUCCCCAUCAGUGAGAGUGAGUUGCAGUUGCGGAAGAAGAGUCAAGGUGUGGACUUCGGGGAGCUACUUUCGGAUUUUGGUGAUAUAUCACGAACUCCAGUCCGGGGCUACGAUGAGUGA